UAGAGAGGAUCAGUUACUUGCGUUUUAUAGUAAUAAUGGGGAUCAGGUAAUAAAUUGCCUUUGUGGAAGAAAAAUUUGGCCUAUUUAAAUGGUGAAUGAAAACAAAAGGAUGUAUAUUCCCGAGGAAAAUCAUCAAGGCACCAAUUAUGGUAACAGGCGGGCAGUCCUUACACAUGGCCUUCCCAAUGCCAAUACAGACGGUUUGGCUCCAGAACACAUACCAAGUCCGGGGGCUGCCCUGUCGUGGCAGGCAGCAAUCGACGCGGCCAGACAAGCCAAAGCCGCUGCAAUGAUGGGCAACAAUAUGGUCUCUACGGCCAACUCAACCCAAAGGAAAAGACAACAGUACAGCAAGCAGAAAAAACAAGUUAACGCUGCGACCACACGGCCACCACGGGCUCUCUUCUGUUUGACACUUAAGAACCCUGUAAGGCGAGCAUGUAUCAAUAUAGUCGAAUGGAAGCCAUUCGAAAUAAUUAUUCUUCUAACUAUUUUCGCCAAUUGUGUGGCCUUAGCUGUCUACAUACCGUUCCCAGAAGACGACUCGAAUGCAACCAAUUUCAAUCUGGAGCGAGUGGAAUAUCUGUUUCUCAUCAUUUUUACAGUGGAAGCAUUUUUGAAAGUAAUAGCCUACGGACUUCUCUUUCACCCCAAUGCGUACCUCAGGAAUGGCUGGAAUUUACUAGAUUUCAUUAUUGUGGUUGUAGGGCUUUUUAGUGCUAUUUUAGAACAAGCAGAGGGAUUUAACCCAAUUGGAGGUAAAUCUGCUGGAUUUGAUGUCAAGGCUCUAAGAGCAUUCAGAGUCCUACGACCAUUACGCCUAGUGUCUGGGGUUCCUAGCCUCCAGGUGGUAUUAAACUCAAUCAUCAAGGCUAUGGUCCCAUUGCUACACAUUGCUUUGUUGGUGCUGUUUGUAAUUAUCAUCUAUGCCAUUAUAGGAUUAGAACUCUUCAUGGGCAAAAUGCACAAAACCUGCUUAACGAAUGGAACAGAUGAACCUGAAGGUGAACCUGCACCCUGCAGCUUAAAUGUUGGGCACGGCCGCCGAUGUUCCAAUGAAACAAUCUGCAAAAGUGGAUGGGUCGGCCCUAAUGAUGGAAUUACUAACUUCGAUAACUUUGCCUUUGCCAUGUUAACCGUCUUUCAGUGCAUCACCAUGGAGGGAUGGACUGAUGUCUUAUACUGGAUGCAGGAUGCCAUGGGCUAUGAGUUACCUUGGGUAUAUUUUGUGAGUCUGGUCAUCUUUGGAUCCUUUUUCGUUCUAAAUCUGGUUCUUGGUGUAUUAAGUGGAGAGUUUUCCAAAGAGAGGGAGAAGGCCAAAGCCCGUGGUGAUUUUCAGAAGCUAAGGGAAAAACAACAGUUAGAAGAAGAUCUCAAAGGUUACCUGGACUGGAUUACCCAAGCUGAAGACAUCGAUCCAGAAAAUGAAGAUGAAGGAAUGGAUGAUGAUAAACCUAGAAACUUGAGCAUGCCCACCAGUGAAACUGAAUCUGUGAACAAUGAGAAUGUGGCUGGUGCAGAAUUAGAAGAUUUGAAUUGCUGCGCUAGACUUGGGUUGCUGCAGGUGGCUGUGCAUCAUCUGAGGCACAGAAUUUCGAAGUCCAAGUUCAGCCGUUAUUGGCGGAGAUGGAACCGAUUUUGCAGGCGAAAAUGUCGAGCUGGGGUGAAGUCAAAUGUGUUUUAUUGGCUUGUAAUAUUUCUAGUAUUCCUCAACACCCUUACUAUUGCAUCUGAGCACUACAACCAGCCCAACUGGCUUACUCUUGUUCAAGAUACAGCAAAUAAAGUUCUUUUGGCACUUUUCACCGGUGAAAUGCUACUUAAGAUGUACAGUCUUGGAUUACAAGCUUAUUUUGUAUCCCUGUUUAACCGUUUUGACUGCUUCAUAGUCUGUGGGGGAAUCCUUGAGACUAUUCUAGUGGAGACCAAGAUCAUGUCCCCACUUGGCAUUUCAGUGCUUCGCUGCGUGCGACUUCUGCGGAUAUUUAAAAUUACAAGAUACUGGAAUUCCUUGAGUAAUCUGGUGGCUUCUCUUUUGAACUCAGUCCGGUCAAUUGCUUCUUUGUUACUGCUCCUCUUCCUUUUUAUCAUAAUUUUUUCUCUCCUGGGCAUGCAACUUUUUGGAGGAAAGUUCAAUUUUGAUGAGAUGGAAACUAAACGGAGUACAUUUGAUAACUUUCCUCAGUCCCUUCUCACUGUCUUCCAGAUCCUGACUGGUGAAGACUGGAACUCAGUGAUGUAUGAUGGGAUAAGGGCCUACGGAGGGCCAUCUUUCCCAGGAAUGUUGGUCUGCAUUUACUUCAUCAUUCUCUUCAUCUGCGGGAACUAUAUACUUUUAAAUGUAUUUUUGGCCAUUGCUGUGGACAAUCUGGCAGAUGCUGAAAGUUUGACUUCUGCCCAGAAGGAGGAGGAAGAAGAAAAAGAACGCAGAAAACUAGCAAGGAACUCUAGUCCAGAGAAAAAAACAACAGACAUUGAGAAGCAGCCCAUAGAUGAGGAGAAGAAAGAAGAAAAAAUUGAGCUAAAGACAAUCACUGCAGAUGGAGAUGUGCCACCCGCUACAAAGAUUGGUUUGGAUGACUACCAGGUUGAAGAGAAUGAAGAGAAGAAUCCUUACCCAUCCAAUGAAUUUCCAGGUGAUGAUGAUGAAGAUGAGCCAGAAAUGCCUGUUGGACCACGCCCUCGUCCACUCUCCGAACUGCAUAUAAAAGAGAAGGCUGUCCCUAUGCCUGAUGCUAGCGCUUUUUUUAUCUUCAGUACCACUAACAGGUUCCGAGUGCUAUGCCACAGAAUCGUCAAUGACAACAUUUUUACAAAUCUCAUCUUAUUCUUCAUCCUCUUGAGUAGUAUUUCUCUAGCAGCAGAAGAUCCUGUACAUCAGGACACCAAAAGAAACCAAGUCCUUACCUAUGCUGAUUAUGUCUUCACUAGUAUUUUUACAGUGGAAAUUGUAUUAAAGAUGACUGCCUAUGGGGCUUUCAUUCACAAGGGUUCCUUCUGCAGAAAUUACUUCAAUAUACUUGACCUGGUGGUGGUUAGCGUCUCUCUCAUUUCUUUUGGAAUGCACUCCAGUGCAAUAGCAGUAGUGAAGAUUCUUAGAGUGCUGCGAGUAUUGCGACCUUUGAGAGCCAUUAAUAGAGCAAAGGGAUUGAAGCACGUUGUUCAGUGUGUGUUUGUGGCCUUAAGGACUAUCGGUAAUAUUGUAAUAGUGACCACGUUAUUGCAGUUCAUGUUUGCAUGUAUUGGAGUACAGCUGUUCAAGGGUAAAUUGUACAGCUGCACCGAUGAAUCCAAACAGAGGGAAUUUGAAUGCAGAGGCCAGUAUAUUUUGUACAAAGAUGGGAAUGUAAAUCAGCCUAUGAUAAAAGAUCGAGAAUGGAAGAAUAGUGCAUUUAACUUUGAUAGUGUUCCCUCUGCUAUGAUGGCCCUGUUCACUGUCUCUACUUUUGAAGGAUGGCCACAGUUGCUUUAUCGGGCUAUUGAUUCUCAUACAGAGGACACUGGUCCAAUUUACAACUACAGAGUGGAGAUAUCCAUCUUUUUCAUCAUCUAUAUCAUCGUUAUUGCCUUCUUCAUGAUGAACAUCUUUGUAGGUUUCGUCAUUGUCACAUUUCAGGAACAGGGAGAACAAGAAUACAAAAACUGUGAGCUGGACAAAAAUCAGCGGCAGUGUGUGGAGUAUGCCCUCAAGGCUCGGCCUCUACGUCGUUAUAUCCCAAAGAAUCCUUAUCAAUACAAAGUGUGGUAUGUGGUUAAUUCCACGUACUUCGAAUACCUGAUGUUUGUUCUUAUCUUGCUGAACACUAUCUGUUUGGCAAUGCAGCACCACGGCCAGUCAAACACUUUUAGCGAUGCCAUGGAUGUCCUUAAUAUGCUUUUCACCGGGCUCUUCACAGUUGAAAUGAUUUUGAAGUUAAUCGCUUUCAAGCCCAGAGGUUACUUUAGUGAUCCCUGGAAUGUCUUUGACUUCCUCAUCGUAAUUGGCAGCAUUAUAGACGUCAUUCUGAGUGAGAUCAAUCCAGCUGAAAACAACCCAUCCACUUCCACCCCCAUGAAUUCAGAUGAGAACUCGAGGAUCUCCAUUACCUUCUUCCGUCUAUUUCGGGUAAUGCGCUUGGUGAAACUGCUCAGUCGAGGUGAGGGAAUUCGAACUCUGCUGUGGACCUUUAUCAAAUCAUUUCAGGCACUACCAUAUGUUGCUCUUCUGAUAGUUAUGCUAUUUUUCAUCUAUGCUGUGAUUGGAAUGCAGGUAUUUGGUAAGAUUGCCAUUAGAGAUGGGACUCACAUUAACAGGAACAACAAUUUCCAAACCUUUCCACAAGCUGUUCUGUUGCUCUUCAGAUGUGCUACAGGUGAAGCCUGGCAGGAGAUCAUGUUAUCUUGUCUCCCAGGAAAAGCCUGUGAAAGAGAGUCACCAUUUCAUGACCAAGAUUUAACCUGUGGAACCUAUUUUGCUGUUUUCUAUUUUGUCAGUUUCUACAUGCUGUGUGCCUUCUUGAUCAUUAACCUCUUUGUGGCUGUUAUCAUGGAUAACUUUGACUACUUAACACGUGAUUGGUCCAUCCUUGGUCCUCAUCAUCUGGAUGAAUUUAAGAGAAUCUGGGCUGAGUAUGACCCUGAGGCCAAGGGUCGCAUCAAGCACUUGGAUGUGGUUACACUCCUUAGACGGAUACAGCCACCUUUAGGAUUUGGCAAGCUGUGCCCACAUAGAGUAGCCUGCAAACGUUUGGUAUCCAUGAAUAUGCCUUUAAACAGUGACGGUACAGUUAUGUUCAAUGCAACCCUCUUUGCUUUGGUUCGAACUGCAUUAAGAAUCAAAACUGAAGGGAAUUUGGAACAAGCAAAUGAGGAACUUCGAGCAAUUAUCAAGAAAAUCUGGAAGCGUACAAGUAUGAAGUUGCUGGAUCAAGUUGUGCCACCAGCAGGAGAUGAUGAAGUUACUGUUGGGAAGUUCUAUGCCACAUUCCUAAUCCAGGAUUAUUUCAGAAAAUUUAAGAAGCGCAAAGAACAGGGCACUGUUGGGAAAGCAGUGCAGAAAAAUGCACUCUCUUUACAGGCGGGUCUGCGUACUUUGCAUGACAUUGGCCCUGAGAUUCGUCGAGCCAUAUCAGGAGACCUGACAGCAGAAGAAGAACUAGAGAAAGCAAUGAAAGAAGCUGCUUCAGCUGCAUCUGAGGAUGAUAUUUUCAGGAGGGCAGGUGGCUUAUUUGGUAACCAUGUUGGUUAUUAUCCAAGUGAUGGUAGAAGCGCCUUUCCACAGACUUUCACCACUCAGCGUCCUUUGCACCUCAAUAAAUCGGGAACCUCUCAAGCUGAAACAGAGUCACCUUCCCACGAGAAACUGGUUGAUUCAACAUUCACUCCAAGCAGCUAUUCCUCCACUGGGUCAAACGCCAACAUUAACAAUGCGAACAAUACUGCAAUAUCCAGAUUUCCAAGUCCAGUCAAUUAUCAGAGCACUGUCAGUACAGUGGAUGGUCAUGGCAAUUCUCUAACUUCAACACUUUUAUUGCAAGGCACAGCAUGGAAAAUCAAUCCCAAAAGGACACGGUAUUAUGAAACACUUAUCCGCUCUUAUUCUGAAGAUAGCCAUUUGCCCAUCAUUCAACGAGAGGAAGCGUCCCCUGAUGAGACAUGUGAUGAAGACUUCAAUAAAGAUACUGAUUGCUGCAAUGAAGAGAGCAUGCUUUCUUCACAAUUAAUUUCUUAUCAAGAGGAAUAUGAUGAUAAUCAACUGGGUCCAUCAACAGAUUGCUGUGAUAAAGAUAGUUUUUCUCCUUCAAAGGGGCUGCUUUCAGCAACAUCAUUAGGGAGAAGAUCUUCAUUUCACCUUGAAUGCCUAAGGAGACAGAAAAGUCAAGGCCUGGACAUAGCUUGCACACCCCCACUCUCUCAGAGGACUGCACUACCACUACACUUAAUUCAGCACCAGGCAUUCGCAGUAGCAGGUCUAAACCCACUGCUAAGAAGAAGCCAUUCUCCAACACAAUUUUCCAGACUCUGUGCAACACCUCCAGCAACUCCAUGUAGUAGACGAAGAUUACAGCAGCAUAUUCCAGCGUUAUUUGUAGAUGGCAUUGAAUCAUAUGAGAAACUAAACAGCAGCCUUCCAUCUGUAAACUGUAGUUCCUGGUACUCUGACAACUCAAAUGGAAAUGUCAGAAAGGCCAGGCCAGUCUCUCUGACUGUACCCUCUCCCUUCAGGGAAAAGGGAACUGAGUGUCACGGUAGUGCUAGCAGCUUAGUAGAGGCGGUUCUGAUCUCAGAGGGGCUUGGUCGAUAUGCACGAGACCCAAAAUUUGUUGAGGCAACAGCCCAUGAAAUUGCUGAUGCAUGUGAUAUGACAAUCGAGGAGAUGGAAAAUGCUGCAGACAACCUGCUCAAUGGCAACACUAAGGCAAGCCCAAAUGGCAAUCUGUUACCCUUUGUAAACUGCAGAGAAUACCAGCAACAGGAUAUUGUGCAAGUGUGCAUGGAAGUGGAGCAGGACCGUGGGAAAAGUGAGGAGGAAUUUACAGAUGAGAUGAUUUAUGUAAGCACUCUGUAGUGACAGGAAAUAGUUUUUAUUAUUUGCUUAAAUCAGUUUGUUUCAGAAGUGCCUCACUGUUCUUGUGACCUGAAGUAACCAGAACAGCUGCUUUCUUCAUUUGCUGUUGUGAAUUGGAAGUUGAGCAAUUAAAGCUCUGAGUUCUUUUUUAAAAAAAAAUAAAACUAUUAUAAAAAUCAUGACUUCAGGUAGCAAACUGGCAUGACUUUUGAACCUGCAGCAGAGAAACUACCCAACAUCUCAAAUUAGCUAAAACACGUCAGGGUCAUGAGAGUAUAGGAGGGACCCUGGGGAUGCUGGGUGUCCAAAGGAGGUUGUUUGUAUAGCUGAAUGGCUGGCCAAACAUUAUCUAGAUCAGCCUUGAUUUUUUAACAGAAAGGAAUGCUGAGAGGACAUACACAAGCACAUAUAUACACACAAAAUAUAUUUUGUGAAGAAUUGUCCCUCCUGCUACAGAAUACCUCAGAAAGCAAAAUUCCUUGUACUCUGAUUUAAAAAAAAGAGAUAGAUAAUCUGUAGGAAAGUGAUGAAUGAAGAGUUGUAUACAAUUAGCAGGUGAUUUUAGCUAUCCCUGAUAUAGCUUUUGAUGAUGGAGUACUUGUUGGUAAGAUAGCCUCUCUAAGAGUGCUUACAUCCUACUUUAUAGCUAAGCCAUGAGCUGUUUGGUGUUCAGUCCAUACAUUCUUUUCCACUCAGAUUGCAUUCUGAAUGCAGGGUUAAUUCUUACUUUGAUGUGGCUUAUUUUGUGUUUUAGCAAUUUUUAACCAGCCACUUCCUGUUUUUUUUCAUUUAUUGUGAUUGUUUUUUUCAACUGUCUAUUACUUUGUAAUCCACUGAGGAAUUCAUUAUUAAGUGGAAUCAUCCCUGUGUUCCUGCGGUUUGCAUCCCUGAUGGAAAAAUUUACAUUUUAGAGAAUUACAUAUUAUUUUAUAUUGGUAACUUAAUCAAUUUCAGUAUCAUGGAUCCAAGUAAACACAUACCAUCUAGCCAUGGACGGCUCAGAUCUUGCAUGGCAUUUUAAAACUAUUUUAAUUUUAGUUAAACACUUAAACAGCGAAUCUGUGGCAGAUUUGAGUCUGCAAUGAUUUAAACAAUGGAUUUUUUAAUGAAGUGGUGGUUAAUAGGUCUAUUGUCAAAAACUCAUCCUCUUGUGUGCCACAAGAUAUGCAAAAACAAUGCAAUAAAGUGUUACUGUAAUCAGCUAUAAACAUAUUAACUUAAAACAUAGAUUAUAUAUGUAUGAAUGUGUGUAUAUAUGCAUCACACUGAAUAGAUAUAACUAUGAAUUUAUAUAUAAAUAUUAUAUUCACUGUGAUGUUUCUUGUAUUUGUUUUUGUUCAAUAACUUGUAAUACUUGAAUUCAGGUCGGUUUCAGUAUUUGAAAAAAGACAAAAAAAAAGCAGUGCAUUUUUAAUGAAUUUAUUGAGUACGCUGGUGUAUAUUUGAUGCAUGGAGAACACUCAAGUAUUCAAGUGUGCCAAGCUAUAGAAUAUAUAUAUAUAAAUAUAUAUACUUAUUUUAACUUCUAAAUGCUUUCUAAAUCUGAAACAAGUAAACUUUUUUUAAUCAAAAUUUAAAAUGUACAUAUUGUAGUUACUAUGAUAUGGCAUCUACACUUAGUUAUCAAAUACUGAUUUUGCAUAUCUUGUGUUCACUUGUUGUAUUGAUUGUUGCGUUUCGUUUUCACCCUGCCUUGCAACCUCUCAGAACACAUGAGAGUUUCUUGGAGGAAACGUAAUGAUUAUUUAUAUAUUCAAUUUAUUUUUAUUUCCUUUGACUCUUUCAAGUGGCAGUAUCCUGUUCUUGUGCCUUUAAUAAAUGUGGAAUCUCAGCUUUAUCUUUAAAUUAUAAAUUUCACAAGUUUAUUUGGUUCCCAACAGUGAUCCUGUUUUUUUCUGGAGGGAAAAAAAACUUGUAGAAUGCAUCGAAAACAAAAUAUAAAGCUAAAUAUAAAAACUGAGUAAAUUAAUGCCACUUUGGUUAGCUUGUUUUAUCCAAAAAUGCCUUUACUUCUCCCACAAAGGAUUUUUCACUAAUGAAGGAUUUGUUAUAUUUCAUAUUCCUAAAUUACAAGAUAAAUUAAAUAGAAUUUGUAGACCUAUAUUCAACCAGAUGGUGUCAUCCCAUCCAAAAUGCAUUGCAAGGAAAUUAGGCAAAAGCAACCCUGCAGUUUGAAAACAAAAACUGUAGUGUUCUGAAUUGGUGUUUUGCAUCAGUUAAAAUUAUUGGCAAUGAGCUUCGUCUUGAAAUUGUCUAAAUGCAGUUUUAAAAAAUAUACUACUUAGCAACUUGAACUUAUGAAAAUAUUAUCCAGGUAAAUUUAACUUUAUAUAUUAAAUGAUAUACACGAGUAAGAAACGAGAGGUGUGAAAGUUCCAGCACCAUAAAUAUGAAAUAUACAAUCAAUCUGCUGCUAAAGGCAUCAUUAGGUAUGCUAAUCUGACCUAAGUUGCACAGUGUAAUUAUUAAUUUAAAGUGGAUUUUUUUCUGUAAUUUAUAAUCUGAGCUUUCUCUUUGUGAAAGAUAUAAAGAAUAUUCUUUAAACUCAACGGCAGCAUAAUCGUGUGAGAAAUGAUUUUGAAAUACAAGUAUUUUUCCAUAAAAAAUAUAUCUAAUAAUCAAGAUGUUCUCUACGUAAAGGGAAGUCACCAUGCAACAAACACCCUUUUUCACCAUAAUAUUUAUUUUGUGGUUUAGGUGAAAACAAAUUACAUUCAGCACACCUAAUCUGAGUAGAAAUUCUUUUCCAAGAACUUAAAAAUAUACACCUUGCCUAUACCAUACCAAUAAAGUAUAUCAUAAGAUAUUAACAAAAUAUUCCUGUUAAUUUAAUCUGUAUGGCUUUGGUGAUCAUUUAAUACAUGUGAAACAUUGGCAAUGUUAUUCACUCAUUUUGAAAUAUUUUUUAAGGAACUUCCAUAUGCAAGGUUGAAAGAAGGAAUGGAUUUGUAAAUUGCUGAAAAGUAAUUACAUUUGUUUUUUGCAAAUACCUUCAGAUUUUAACUCUUUGCUUCUCCAUUUAGAUCCAGGGUUAGCAGUGUAACCCAUCUCAUUAAAUGUUAUUAAUUACCUAUUUGAGUACUACCUUAAUUAAAACUGCUUUCCACUUCAAUUAACACUGUAACAUUUUAUCUUUGUUAGUGUAUGAAACAGUGUGCUUUCCUUAAUAGUACAUGUUUAGUGAUUUAAAAUAUCUUGCAGUACCCCAUCUAUUCAUCUGCAGAAAUACAUAUAAAAAUUAAGGGGUCUUUAUUAUUAUUUCUGGGAAGGGAGAAAGUCAUAAACAGUUCUUCAUAAUUCCCAUCAUUCUGACAUUAACUACAAACAAUGCUGGCUGUGUUUAGUAAAUGAUUGACGUUGCUCUUUGAUGUGAACUGUGUGAUUGUUAUUGAAAAGCUAAAUAACUGGCAACGGUGUUAAUUCUUACAUUUAAAAGUUAAAGCUCCACAAAACCUUGGCUUUUUUCAGUACAAAGUGGGGAAAAAAGUUGUUAUUGAAGACAAUGCCAGUGCUCUCAUACCUAGGAAUGGAUUGUUCAGAUAGAUUCCCACUUGGGAUAUGCAGAGAAAACUGACUGAAGGAAUCAUAUCAGCAAUGCAGAUGGAAGUUCCUACCUUCAGCAGCAUGCUUUUAUUUCUGUUGUACCAUACUGAAGUGGCAGUCCUAAAAUCCCUGCACACGUUGAUUGAAAUAUAAUUUACAUUAAAAAGUAAAUUUCUUAGUCUUGGAUCAUUGAUAAAGAUCCAUUUCCUCUUCUCCAGGCUUCUUUGGCAACCUAAUCCCCAUACUCUAACCACCAGUCCUCUUUCUCCCCUCCUCCCAAAUCUCAAGACCUGGCUUCAAUCCUGAGAAGCACCUCUUCCAUUGAGAAAAAGUACAAUAUCCAUUCAAUGGAAGUGGCACCUGAACAGUUCUCAGCAUCCCAUAGUAAUACCCAUCUAGCAGACCCUUUUGGGUGCACUGGAACUUAAAGGCCCUCAAACUUUGGAAAACUUAAACAAUUGCAGAGCUCAUUCUAAGUAACAACAUCAAAAUUGCAGAAACCCAGGACUUAAGUGGCAGUCCUAAAAUCACUGCGCACAUUGGUUUGAAUAUAAUUUACUUUAAGAAGUUAAUUUCUUAUAAUUAGUUUUGUACUUGUUCAGAUUAAGCCCAUUAGUCCAGUUGUUCAUUAAGAACUGUGUGACCUUAUGAAAGGUACCAUCAUAAAGCUAGUUUUGACUAUUUAGAAUAGAAGUGGAAUCUGCACACUGUCAAUGCAUAAUCCAACUGCUGCACACUAUGAUCAGUUAAGCAACUACUUAGAGUACAUUAAGUCUACAAAAAAUAUGAAAAUGAAGUUUUAUAAAAUCCAGUCAACAAGCAGGACAAAGAAUCUCAUUGCUUUUAAAUAAACUACUUUAAACACUAUUUAAUGGUUAAAACUAAAAUGUUCAUCUUCGCAACAUUUGAAAAAUCAAUUAUCUAAUAGCCUGUUUUGAUUUUUCCCUUUUAAUUUUAUCAAGUUUUGCUUAGAGUGAUAUUGAUAGUAUUGUAAAGUUGUGAAGGGUGAAUUAAAAGCUUCAGUCACCAUGCAUUAUCUGUGGCUUGUUUAAUGGUUAAGACCCUGUGCAGCAUCAGUUCUGUGUCUUAACAACUUCUGCAACUACCCUACCACCCACACCAUCUUUUAACUUUUGGAUUACAAUUUCAUAUUAAGGUUAAUAAUAAGGUUUUACAUAUUUAAUUUUUAGUACAAUUAUCUACUGUAAAAUAAAGAGGUGCUUAGAAUGUAGCCCUUUGAUUCUAGAUGUACAAUAUUCAUAGGAUUUUUUUUGUAUCGUGGUAAAGUUUUAAUUUCUGUUGAAAAAUGUUGCUUUCCACAGUGUGCAAUAUAUAAUAUUCGAUGGGGUUAGAAUUUCUAUGAAUGGAGCAUAUUUAAUUACCUGCAAGUCUAAGGUCUUAUUGAGCUAUGGCAAACUUCAGCAUGGAACAUGGCCUCGUAGUUAGCUUUAUAAAUUGUAGAUCUGAUUAUGUACCCCAGGAGUCAUGGAGGUGCCCAGACACAGAACAGACCUAACCUUGUAUAAUUUGGUUGGAUUUGGAGUCCUCUGUCAUAAAUAUAGAAUGCUAUAUUGGGGGGAUGCAUUGGACAAAAGGGCAAUAUGGCAGGUAUGGUUACAGGGAUCAUCAUUUAGCUAUAAAAAAAUUGGCAUUGGAAACAAUUUAAGUGUUUUUUUACAUGCAUCAUGUCGUGGAGGGAGUGCAGUUAUUUGAGCUGUUUCAGAAUCUUUGUGCACAAGUAUGAUUAAUUUGCUCUUUUUGGCUGGUCAAAGAGAAGCUGAGGAGGGGAAAUAAUUUACAAAACAACAGAUCAGAUAGAUUGCAUUGCAGACUUAUGGUGAAACUAUAUUUAAGAAUGAUUAUUGGACUGGAAUUCCAUGCUUGUCAGCUGUGAAAAGGGCCAAGAGUAAAAAUAAAGAAAAAUGUGUAGCUCUUUCAUUUGAAAAGCAGUGUCUUUUAAAAUCAUAUUUAAAAGCUUUUGUUCCUUUACUGCUUUAAACUCUGUGUCAGACAUAUACAGUAUGGUAACUGAUUAGUUGUGGGAAGUAAUUUCUGUCAGGGACUUGAGCAAAUCCAGAAUUAUUUGAAAUACUGUUUUUGCAAAAUCUAUUGUUUUAUUUAAGUUAUUAUUUAGUAUUGCAUGCAGAAUACAUGGUCAAUUCCCUCUUUGUGUUCUUUCACCUUUUUUGAAUAGUUUCAAGUCACUCAAUUCAACAAUUUUGUACUCUGUUUAAAAAGAAACAAAAAAAGUUAAUUUGUAAAUAACUAAUGUACAGUUUGUUACUGUUACGUUAUUCCGUCUAUGGUGGAAUAAGCCGUCUUGCUCUCGCACGUAAACCUUAGAAUGUAUUGACCUAAAACAAGUUUUAAGUUAAUCUUUGAUUCAGACAAUGUAUAUUCCUGUAAUAUUGCA